ACCAAGAUAUAUUUACACACCCCAUAUUAGAUGUCAUCUACCUCAAAUUAAUUAUCGUCCUCUAUACCCACUUCGUCUCCAUAUAUCAUCUCUCUCUCUCGCUCUUCUUCUUCUUCUUCUUCUUCCUCCUCCUUUUGGUUUCAGAAAUUAACAGAAACUAAAGUCAAGUUUUGGUCUUGGUUCAUCGGCAAUGGCUGGUGGAGGGUUCGCGGCCAGUUCGACCGUGCAAGAGUUCGAGGCGAAGAUCACGCCCAUCGUCAUCAUCUCGUGUAUAAUGGCGGCCACCGGAGGGCUCAUGUUUGGCUACGACAUCGGCGUUAACGUUUCAGGUGGAGUUACAUCCAUGUCCCCGUUCCUGAAAAAGUUCUUCCCUGUUGUGUACAGGAAGACGCAGGAUAAGGGGAUCGACAGCAAUUACUGCAAAUACGAUAACCAGGGCCUGCAGUUAUUCACGUCGUCGCUUUACCUUGCUGGUUUAACAGCGACGUUCGCGGCGUCCUACACAACCAGAAAGUACGGGCGAAGGCCGUCUAUGCUCAUCGCUGGCGUCUUCUUCAUAGUCGGGACAAUUCUCAAUGGUGCAGCUCAAGACCUUGCCAUGCUCGUCAUUGGCAGGAUCUCACUUGGUUGUGGAGUUGGGUUUGCCAAUCAAGUCAGUUCAAUUUUCAAUUUUGUUCAUAAUUAGGUAUUUUUUAAACCUGAAAUAGUCUAAAUUACUCUAAGUUAAUCUAAUUUACAAGAAAAGGAAAUUCCAACUUGAGUGUGAGAGAGGUCGGCACACUAUCCCGGGCAACCGGCCU